AUGGAAGCUUUCUUUUCCUUCCAAAGUUUUCCUGAUUGUUAUAUGUCAGAGUUCAGUGAUCUUGAAAUGGUGCCAGAAGGCCAGGGUGGUGUUCCUUUAGAACAUCUAAUUACCUGUGUUCCUGGAGUUAACAUUGCCACUGCCCAAAAUGGCAUUAAAGUUAUUAAAUGGAUACAUAACAAACCACCACCUCCUACUACAGAUCCUUGGCUUCUACGUUCUAAGAGCCCUGUAGGUAAUCCACAACUCAUUCAGUUCAGUAGAGAAGUGAUAGAUCUACUUAAAAGUCAGCCGUCCUGCGUCAUACCUGUCAGUAAAUUCAUCCCAACAUACCAUCAUCACUUUGCAAAACAAUGCCGUGUGUCUGACUACGGGUAUUCUAAAUUAAUGGAGCUGCUAGAAGCAGUGCCUCAUGUACUGCAAAUUCUUGGUAUGGGUUCCAAACGCUUGUUAACUCUAACGCACAGAGCUCAAGUGAAGCGCUUUACUCAAGACUUACUGAAACUUCUCAAAUCCCAGGCCAGUAAGCAAGUUAUUGUGAGGGAAUUCUUACAGGCUUAUCACUGGUGUUUCUCUAAGGACUGGGAUGUUACUGAGUACGGAGUGUGUGAACUGGCUGAUAUUAUAUCAGAAAUUCCAGAUACGACCAUCUGUUUGUCACAGCAAGACAAUGAAAUGGUAAUUUGUAUUCCCAAAAGAGAACGUACACAAGAAGAAAUUGAAAGAACUAAACAGUUUUCUAAAGAGGUAGUAGACUUACUGCGCCAUCAACCCCAUUUUCGAAUGCCCUUCAACAAAUUUAUUCCUUCUUAUCACCACCACUUUGGUCGUCAGUGCAAGCUUGCUUACUAUGGUUUUACAAAACUACUUGAACUCUUUGAAGCCAUACCAGAUGUCUUACUUGUAUUGGAAUGCGGGGAGGAGAAAAUUCUCACACUCACAGAUGUGGAACAAGUCAAAGCAGUUGCUGCCCAGUUUGUGAAACUGCUGCGGUCUCAGAAAGACAACUGCCUUAUGAUGACUGAUUUACUGACAGAGUACAGUAAAACAUUUGGAUACACACUGCGUCUUCAUGAUUAUGAUGUUAGCUCAGUUCCAGCUUUAAUGCAAAAACUUUGCCAUGUUGUAAAGGUUGUUGACACAGAGUCUGGCAAGCAAAUUCAGCUGAUAAAUAAAAAAUCUCUGCGGACUCUGACUGCCCAAUUGCUAGUCUUGUUGAUGUCCUGGGAUGGAACAUCCUUUCUCUCUGUUGAACAGCUUAAACAGCAUUAUGAAACAAUCCAUAGUACUUCACUUAAUCCAUGUGAAUAUGGAUUUAUGACCUUAACUGAACUCCUGAAGAGUCUGCCUUACUUGGUUGAGGUUUUUACCAAUGGUGCAGCAGAAGAAUAUGUGAAGCUUACAAAUCUGUAUAUGUUUGCAAAGAAUGUAAGGUCCUUACUUCACACUUACCAUUAUCAGCAGAUUUUUCUUCAUGAGUUCCCAGUAGCAUAUAGCAAAUACACAGGAGAAGUGCUUCAACCUAAAGCAUAUGGAUGCAAUAGUUUAGAAGAGCUCUUGGGAGCAAUUCCACAGGUGGUCUGGAUUAAAGGACAUGGCCAUAAGAGAAUUGUGGUACUAAAGAAUGAUAUGAAAACCCGUUUUAGCUCACCUAGUUUUCCCCCUGCUGAUCAUGUGGAUGAUCAUGGAAAUCAACUUGCUGACAAUAAUGGGCAUAUUAUGGAGACCCCAAGAUCUGCUUCAUCAAUGGAACUAAGUCUAGGAACACCUAGCAAUGUUUCUAAUCAAACUGAGCAAGAACUUCUUUGCCUCACAAAUACAUCUCCCGUUGACCUCUUGUGUGAGCCAGUUCCUUCCUGCCUACCAUCCCCACAACUGCGCCCCGAUCCAGUGGUUCUUGAGUCUGCAGACCUCAUUCAGUUUGAGGAACGCCCUGCACCUCUCUCUGAGAUAAUGAUUUUAACAGAAGAAGAAAAACAAGGAAUUGUUACCACAGCUCAAGAAAAAUUGACUUCUGGUUCUGUGAUAUCUAACACCACAGAGAAUGCUUCAGUGCCUCCCUGUCAGUCCUCUGAAACCCAACUAAACAAGGAAGCAAUGGACAGCCCAGCCAAAAAGCAACACAAAAACAAGGUGAAAUUGGCAGCAAACUUUUCACUUGCCCCUGUAACCAAGCUUUAACUCUUUCUUUUUAGCGUGAAAGACAAAUACCUAUGGAGUCUGCACAAAGUAAAGCUAUUUGCUAGCCCUUAUGUGUUUUAAUGAAAGGCUUAGAAGAAUUAAUUUGUAUUUAACGUAUUCUGUGAAGAUUUUGUUCCUCUUGCACUGAACACAGCCGUUAGCAGAACAGAUUUUUUUUUCUAUUAUUUUGAAAAAAAACUUCUGGCAUUUGUUAAAUUAUUCUUAAAUUUUACAAUUUUUCAUAAAUGUGUGUUCAGUAAAAGCAAAAUAUUAAUUCAACUAAAAUGGAACAGAUUUUAUUUUC